CGAUCCAGGCCGUCGCGGAUUGAUGAUCUCUUGAAUUCUUUCACGGUAGCUGCCCAGCCACUUCUGUACCAAUUGCAGUGUUUUCUGUCUGUGAAGUCAGCUCUGUAAAGAGCUGAAAGAGUUGAAUCUUCAUGUUCUGUAUGUUUCCCUCUAAGCACUGUACAAGAUGUCAGCGAUUGUUUGCUGAUGUCUUGUUGCUGGCUCUAGUGUAGUGUCUGAGGCACACGCAGGUUCAAUUCCGCGCCGUGUCACACAGCAUGUGAGAGUCACAGCUCUGAAUUCAAAUCUUGAGACUGUGUCCUGAUUCUCAUUGUGUCUGGAAGCUGCAGUGAGUGCAGGCUUGUAGACAGGGCCCAAAGAAGCAACGGCGUGGGCCCUUCUCUCUGAGCCCCCUAGGGAGGGAGGUCCCUUUCCUGCCCUUCUGAAGGAAGUAGUAGGAGUAUAUUCCAGGAAGGCUACGUGAAAUGAAGAGGUAGAUACAUCCAACUGGUGCUCAGAGAUUUCUCCCUGUGGUGUGUUAGGCAUUGUGAUCAAAUCAUCGUAUCUCAUGGCUCCUUUUUCUUUCACAGCCUGGCUUUCUUGGGACUGUUCCUGUCCCAGACAGAACUGCAUAGAAGAGGAAGGAGUAACCCUGGUCUCUGGCCAUUGGAAUCCCAGGUCCCUGGAGCGUGGGAACCAAGCAGGUUCUGCGGAGCGGAGGGGGAGGCAGGUACUUCUGACCCCAGGUAUCCAUCUGACGCUCCUUGUCAGAGCUUGGAGAGUCUCGAGAAUGAGGAACUGCUGGAUCUUCUGCUUCUCCAGCUUAGGAAGAUCAGAGAAUAAAUAAACUUGCUGCUGCUCUCGGAAAACCCAGCAGAGGAGACCAUGGAGACUUUGCCCUCAAGGCCUAGGGAACGAGCUCUUCAUUCUCAAGCCUCGGCCCUUUCCCCAGGUGGAGACAAGACCAACUUUCAGGAGCCAUUGACCUUCGAGGACGUGGCUGUGGUCUUCACGGAGGAGGAGCUGGGGCUGCUGGACUCCGCCCAGAGGCAGCUGUACCGAGACGUGAUGCUGGAGAACUUCAGGAACCUGCUCUCUGUGGGACAACAACCUUUCCAACCUGAUAAGGUACCCCAUUUGGAAAAAGACAGAGAGACUUGGGUGACACAGAGAGACACUCCAAGAGAUGUACAUCCAGGAGACAAGAAUGAAAAGGAUUUGGAGUAUAUUCGAGAAAAGGAAUUAAAACUCCUUUCCUACAGAGAGCUCUUUUACUGGAAAAUCUGGGAACAGGUGGCCAGUGAAUUAAUGGGGAGUCAAAACCAUAGUGUAAAUCUUCAAGAGAAAGGUUUCCAGUUCUCGGAAGAUGGUUCUCUCUGUCAAGGAGCAUCUACUCAGGGUUCCCAGAUUGAAAAUGUCGUGGAUGGUCUUCAAGGGGAUGGGCCCAUCAAUUUAGAAAAUCAAGAGCUUCCAUCCUGGAAAGCUGUAAGGCCAGUCUCCAUUCAAGAAUCUUGGAUGAAAGCCUUUGUGAAUGAACCAUGGAAUGUUCUAGAAAGAUGUAAAAAACUCAACAUGGAAGAUGCAAUAUAUAAAUGUGACUGGGAUGAUUAUGGCUUCAGCUGGGUUUCAUGUUAUCAUGAUGACCACAGAUUACCUGAAAGAGAAAAACCAUGUAAUUGUGAUAAAUGCAGAACAGAUUGCAUUAAAAAGUCAGUACUUCAUCAUCCUAACCCUAGAGAGAAUGACUUUGAAAGAAACGAAUGUGGAAAUGGCCUCAGGGACGAUUCAAACCUUCCUACUCAUCCCAGAGUACCCUUGAAAGAGAAACCCUAUAAAUAUCAUGAGUUUGGUAAAGGCUUGUGGCAGACUGCCUAUCUUGAGAGACAUCAAAGAAUUCCUUCAGGAGAGAAGUCAUUUAAAAGUGACGAGUGUGGUCGGGGCUUCAGGCAGAACAUACUCAGUCCCAGGAUCCACAUGGGGGAGAUGCCCUACAGAUGCGAUGUGUGUGGGAAGGGCUUCAGGUAUAGAUCAGUUCUUCUUAUUCAUCAGGGAGUGCACACAGGAAAGAAACCCUACAAAUGUGAGGAGUGUGGGAAGGCUUUCGGUCGGAGCUCCAACCUGCUUGUCCAUCAGAGAGUCCACACAGGAGAGAAACCGUAUAAAUGCAGCGAGUGUGGAAAAGGCUUCAGCUAUAGCUCGGUGCUUCAGGUCCACCAGAGGCUGCACACGGGGGAGAAGCCCUACACGUGCAGCGAGUGUGGCAAGGGCUUCUACGCCAAGUCCGCACUCCAUAAGCAUCAGCACGUCCACCCGGGAGAAAAACCCUACAGCUGCGUCGACUGUGGGAAGGGCUUCAGUUGCAGCUCCCACCUCAGCAGUCAUCAGAAAACGCACACAGCAGAGAAACCCUACCAGUGUGACAAGUGUGACAAAGGUUUCAGUCACAGCUCAUACCUUCAGGCUCACCAGAGAGUUCACACAGGGCAGCGUCUCUAUGAAUGUGAUGUGUGCGGGAAGAGUUUCAGUUACAGCUCAGGGCUCCUCAUGCAUCAGAGACUGCACACGGGGGAGAAACCCUACAAAUGCGAAUGUGGGAAGGGCUUCGGCCGAAGCUCAGACCUCCACGUCCAUCAGCGGGUCCACACGGGGGAGAAACCCUAUAAAUGCAUCGAGUGUGGGAAAGGCUUCCGGCGGAAUUCAGACCUUCAUAGUCACCAGAGGGUCCACACGGGAGAGAGGCCCUACAUCUGUGAUGUGUGUGGGAAGGGCUUUAUUUAUAGCUCCGACCUCCUCAUCCAUCAGAGGGUCCACACGGGAGAGAAACCCUAUAAAUGUCCCGAGUGUGGCAAAGGCUUCAGUUACAGCUCUGGGCUUCUCAUCCACCAGAGGGUCCACACAGGUGAGAAACCCUACAAAUGUGAAGAGUGUGGAAAGGGUUUCAGGUGCACCUCAAGCCUUCACAAACAUCAGCGAGUCCACACAGGCAAGAGGCCCUAUACGUGUGAUCAGUGCGGCAAGGGAUUCAGUUACGGCUCAAAUCUUCGCACCCACCAGAGACUGCACACGGGAGAGAAACCCUACACAUGUUAUGAAUGUGGAAAGGGCUUCAGAUAUGGUUCGGGUCUCCUCAGUCACAAGAGAGUGCACACUGGAGAGAAACCAUAUAGGUGUGACGUGUGUGGGAAGGGCUACAGUCAGAGCUCCCAUCUUCAAGGUCAUCAGAGGGUCCACACCGGUGAGAAACCAUAUAAAUGUGAGGAGUGUGGGAAGGGCUUUGGUCGAAGCUCCUGUCUUCAUGUCCAUCAGAGAGUCCAUACUGGGGAGAAGCCAUACAAGUGUGCAGAAUGUGGGAAAGGCUUCAGUUACAGCUCAGGGCUGCGGAAUCAUCAGAGAGUGCAUUUAAGUGAAAAGCUUUAUAAGUAGAUGUGAGUUGAGGUCUCCAGGUAGAACUCAGAACUUUGGUUUCAUCUGAGAGCCAACACGGGAGAAAAACUCUAUGAAUGUCUUUGUGCAGGAAGGGCUGUAAUAGAGGCUGACAUUUUCGUAGUCAGCGGCUGGUCUGCGUAGAAAGGAAAGCUCUGGAAGUUUGAUCAAUGGGGAAAGCACUUAGUCACAAACUUCAGUCUUCAAGAGUCUAUUUGCAGCAGAAUAGUCCUUAAAGACAUGACACGGCAGUGGCUUCAGUAAAAAUCAUCGCCUUCAUCAGAGUUGGCUUAGGAGGGAGCUUUGACAAAUCAUAUGAGUAGUGAGAAUAUGAAAGGAGCACAUUAUGGACAUGGAUUCCUUGUGGGGGCGAAAUACCUACAGAUGGGACAAAUGUAGGGAAAAAGUGUCACUAAAACCAAUAUUGUAUGUAUUUUUUAGAAGGUAGUUUUUAUAAAAAUUAAAAGAUGGUAAUGUUCAUUGAGACAAGUCACUUUUAGAAGGCCAGGAACAGUUACAAGGAAAAUCCUUCUGUGGGUGGGUCUUGGUAAUGUCUCUCCAUCAUGUUUUCAUCAUGUUUCUGUGGUUGUGCUUUGUCUCAUGGAGGUAAACUGCUCUCAGAGAGAAGCUGUACUAAACUGCAAGAAUAUUUCAUUUUCUCAAGUUUUAAAAACAAAAUCUGAUUGGGCUUUUCAUUGGCCUUGCAUUGAAUUUAGAUUUAAUUUGGAAAGAACUUACAUCUCUGAAAUGCUGAUUUUUUUUUUUUCCCGUUUUGACAAUGCCAUGUGUUUCCACUUACUGAAGUAUUUUAAAUGAUCUCUCGGUAAUAUAUUUUAGAGAUUUAAAAAAAUAGGUUCUGAUUAUUCUUAAUUACAUUUCUAGGAAUUUUUUUUUAUUGCCAUCAUGAAUAUAAUAUUUUUACCCUAUUUCAUUUCAUAGGGGGUUUUUUUAAGUAUAAGACAAACGUUAAAACAUUUUCAAAAUGAGAAAUACCAUUUUAACUUGUCAAAAUAGCAGUGGUAAGACAGAUUGAGCGAAGCCACGUCUGUGAGGAUCUGUGGAAACACACCCUUAUUGGUGAGAGGGAAAAUAGUCUUUUUUGAAAGAAUUUGUCAGUGUAUUGAAUUCAAUUUGCAUAACUUUUGAAGUGGCAGCAAGUGUGUAGUUGUUUAUACUUGGGAUAUAGUUGCAAAUAUGGGAAAAGUAUGCCUAAGGAUGAGUUUUGUAACAUUUUCUUACAAUAGCAAAAAAGAAAAUGUUAAUACUCCCGGUGUAAUAGGUUAAGGCACAUGUUUAUGAGGGAAAACCACUAAAAAUAUUCAGAUACACCUAUGAUGCUGUUGAAGGUUGCCCACGAGCUAUUUAGUGAACCAAGAAAGUUGUAGAACAACAAGUAUAGUAUGACCCCAUGUUGUUAAUAUGUUUUUAUGUGAAUGUAUGUUUAUAGAGAGAAAGAAAGAAGAUGUGUGAAAGGUCAAUAUCAUAACUCAUCUCCAGGAGGUGGGAUGGGGGUGUGUAAUACAUUCAUGUCCUUUCACAUAUUUUACUUUUUAGCAAAGAGUAUCAAUUUUAUAUCAAUAGUAAAGCUAUUUUUUUAAAAAACAUAGUCUAAUGGAACAAUCCUUUAUGGUCAAAGAUCCAUAUUAUAACCUCUAUAAUACCUUUGGCCUUUUCUACUGUUUCGUCAGCACCCAGUACCAAAUAUAAGGGAUGCAAAUGAACUGGAAUUUGUGAUUGAGAUAUUUCAGAGGCUGCAUCAUUUGUCCUGGCUGGUAGGAGGUGAGGCAGUCUGGGUCAUUGGGAGGAGAUUUGGUGCUUCCGUGCUGCCUUCUGGCCCUCUGGGACCAGGGAGCCCACAAGGCUGGCUUCGUAGAGGGCAGUGUGCCAGCAUGUGCUCCCUCCAGGCUGACUUGUCCAUCUGGGUGACUCAGGAGACCUGGGUGUGGCCUGGGCAGAGCUCCUCUCUGCUGCCUGGGGCCGCUAAACCAAGAGUCUAAGAUUUAGGCAUCUCAGGAAGGUGUGGAAGGGGCACUUAAAUCUAAAUAAAUAGUUAAAGAGUAUAUGUAGAGGUCAGAAGCAAAGUGUUGAUACCAAGGAAUUGUUAGCUUUCAGAAAGAGACUUGAAAAAAAAUCUACAGUAUUUUAUAGAAUAGCAGCAGGGUCACUCUGUGAUGGGGUGGAUUUUAUAGCCAAGAAACAAAUGUAGACACACCUCAGACCUUCAAGGUUUGUGGGUGAAAAGUUUAACUCACUCAGUGGAUUUCCAAAGGUGGACAGCGGAAGACCCAAGCAUCCAGAAAGCUGGGGGCAGAGGACCUGCAGUGGGACAGUUCUAUGGUAACAGAAGGGAAGCCAAUGUGACUGAAAGGCACCAAAUGAGGGAGAAAGUGUAGGAGAUGUGUUGAGAGGAGUAGAGGAAUGUGGUGGAUUACUGAUGGCUACAGAUUCUUUCCUUCUGUUGAGAGGUGAAGUCUAGUUCUCAUUCCCUUGAAUCAGGGCUGGCCUUGGUAACUCAAGUGACUAAUAGAAGAUGGUGGAAGUGAUGGUGUGCCAGUUGCCAGGCCAAGGCCUUAAGGUCUAAUAAAGUGUCUGCUUCCCGUCUUUUGGAACACUCACUCUUGGAGCUCUGAACUGCCACGUGAGGCUGCCGGAGCCCAGCCAUCCCCACCAAGGCACCAGGCAUGUGUGUGAAGCCAUCUUGGUCCCUCUAGACCACAGGGAUCCCAAUGGAUGCCAUGGAGAGCAGAAGAUAACCCUGCUGAGCCCUACCUGAAUUUCCCACCGGUCAAAUCAUGAGACAGGGUAAAAUGAUAGUUGAUAUCAGCUGCUAAAUUUGGGGGUCAUUUGUUAUGCAAAUAGCAAUAGAUAACUAGAAUGGUGGAGGACAAAAUUACGCAGGAGUUUGUAGGUCCUGCAAGGAGUUUUUAAGCAAAGCAACAAUCUGAUUUCUGACUUGAAGGGAAAAAAAUCACUGGCUAAUGUGUGGAGAAGAAUUUUGGAGAGACAAAACUAGAAACGUGAGAACAAUUGGGAGGGUCUUGCAAGUCAGAGAUGUCCAGGUGAGGGAUGGCGGUGGCUGGGACUCUGGGGUAGCAGUGGAAAUGGAGAGGAGUGGAUGGGUGUGAGAUAUAUAUUUGAAGGCAAAACAGGACUUUCUAACAGAUGAGAUGUGGAGAUUGAGGGAAAGGGUAGAAUUGAGGGUGAUUCAUGAGAUUUUGGCUUUAGCCUCUGGGUAGAUGGCGGGGUCAUUGACUGAGAGAGAAGACAAAUUAAGUGCAGGUGAGGGCUUAGUUCCAUGUUGGAAUAUUAACUUUACAAUUCUUAGUAUACAUCCAAAUAGAGAUAUCAGAUAGCUAGUCUCCGUAUUACAGCAUCUUCUCUGCUCUUUUCCCAAUCAUUUCAACAAUUGCGCCUAUAAUUAGCAAUUAGUCAUUCCCAAAUAAAGUCAAAUGGAAAAGCUUUGGGUAUUUUCACAGUAGCCAUCUGGUGUUAGAAUCUGGGCGUUUAGCAUUGUAUAACACACAGCAUCUGCCGGCUAACCCUAUAAAAGUCUAUCUGACAUCAGGAACCGAAGACAUAAACCCUAUUAACAGAGGAACUAGUUCUCUGCUCAAGACUGCUUCUUUGGGAAAAGGUGCAGGGUGGAGGUUCCAUCAGUGGGAAGGUUCUCCUUAGGAUGGUACCCACUGGCCAAAAGGAGUCUAAGAUCUUAACUGUGAAGCUAAACUAAGCGUGGAUGUGCCAAGGUUGCGGCAGGUUAACCAGUUGUGCCGCAGUGGUCUGCUGACUGGACAGACCCUGUUCUCCAGGAAGUCAUUAGGUCUGAAGUGAUGAAUGAACUGAUGGUACUAUCUUAUGAACCCCAGAAAUCACUACCUGUCUGUUAGUGGCUAGGAGAGGAGGGCAUGAAGAAGUGAGACUUCAGUCUGUACCCCCUACUUCAAGUCCUGAACUCUAUCUCAUGCAUAUCAGAAGAUUCUUGGGGACCCAGGAUGUGGUUCAAAACUCCUUGACUAAUUGUUAACUUUUAAAAAAAUCAAGAUGCACAACAAUUUAAUAUUGUCUCAUUUGUGUGGAGGAACAAAUAUGUAUGCAGAGACAUAUAUCUGUAUAUCUAGUCGUGUCACUUAACGAUGGGAGUAUGUUCUGAGAAAUGCUUCGUUAGGUGAUUUUGUCAUUGUGCAAACAUCAUAGAGUGUACUUACACAAACCUAGAUGGUAUAGCCUACUAUACAUCUAAGCUCUGUCGUACUAAUCUUAUGGGGCCACGGUCCUUUGUUGAUCAAAACAUUAUGCAGAGCAUGGCUGUACAUACUAACACUCACAGUAGACUUGGGGAUUUGAGAUGGGAAAGGAGACUUAUUUUUGAUUGUAUACACAUGUUUGUAACUAGGAAUUUUUAGCUGUGCAAUUGAAAAAAGAAUCUAGCAGAUAAAGAGACUCCUGUCUAAAAAAUGAUUUCAGUGCUCACAAGUAUACAACCCUCAAAGUUGGCUCUGAGGUAUUAUUACAAAAGGCCACUGACGUCUGUUGGGACAUUGGCAUCGUGGUCGGUCGGUGAGGGAAGUACCUCUAGUCCCAUCCAGCUGGUGCAUGCCAGGUUCAUCAGCUGCCAAAAGCCAGGACAUUAUGGCCAUCAGAUGGCCUCACAGAGAACUUGUACCAAACAGGGUGUCUAGAAAACCAUCUUAAACAUAUCCUUGUCCCAGAUGCUGGAAACCUGUGGUCCUCUGUGGGACUGAUUUUCUAGAAACCCAAGUCCAGAUGAUCAAUAGACUCUACCUUGCUUCUAGAGCAUCCGGGAUCAGGGAAAGCACACAAUUGUCCCAGAUGGUGACGACAUUACUGUGACAACGGUUCUGACAGAGGCAAAUGCAUUUCUCCCCACAAAAGUGCUGGGGACUUCAAAGAGUAAGUAGCUGAUGGGGCUGCUUCUGGAGGUGAUUUCAGAUCACAUAGUAACUGGCGAUAUGAGUCAUGUUGCUCUAGAACAGCGCUGUCCAAUAGAAACACAAUGCAGAACAAUAUGGGAGUUUAGUAAGCUGACUUAUACCAAAAAGUUAUCAAUAACUUCCUUACACCAGCAGUCAUGAGUUAGGAAAUCAACUGGGAAGAGAUACCAUUCAUAGUAGCAGCAGCGACAAAAAACCCUAAACAUGCAACAAAUUAGACUCCAAAAGGGCAGGGAUUUUUGUCUCUUGUUCACUGCUGUAUCUCCAGUGCUUAGGAUGGUGCCUAGCACAUAGUAGGUGCUCGAAAAAUAACUAUAACAAUGGACACAGACAAAAAUUCCUGUCUGUCAUGCAGCUUAAAUCCUAGUAGGGGGAGGUAGGCAGUAAACAAAAUAUGUAAGUAAACGACAGGGUAUUUUAGAAAGUGUUAAGUACCAAGAGGAGAAAGGU